AUGGUCACAGCAAAAGUAUAUACGAAGUUGCUACUGUGUUUUCUAUUUGACAAUGUAUUCGCCUUAACUUUUCCCGGACCUCGUGUUUAUGUCGUCACACCAGCAGCUCCGCGACCGUUUCAAAGGAACCACGACAAUCAAGCACCCUUCUAUUACCAGAAUUGGAUGAGAAGAAUGGACUCUGAUGAAAAUAUUACUUCUACGACUACGACGGCAUCUCCAAAAGUCAAAACGCCCGAUUUAAUAUUUGCUGAAUUCGACAAGGAUGCGACUAUGAAGAAAUCAAUCAGAAAGCUACUGGAGCAGGAAAGAAUCCCAAUCAAGACACCAUCUACAACUGUUCAACCAAUAUACGUAGCUGACGAGAAAACUAAAGCACCUGGCGUAAACAAUUAUGGCUUACCUUUAUCAUCAGUAGUGAAAGAUAAUGAAGAAAAUCACAAUACGAAUUUUCAAACUGAUUAUGUGUCGAUGUACAACGAUCUAUACAACGCCCCUGUUCCAGUGUACAAACCAACGACAACGACAACAACUACGACUCAACCACCCCCUGCAGAACCCGCAACUUCUACGACAACUGAAAACCCAAUCAAUGUAGAAAAUAUUUGGCACAUCAUUGAUAGUGAAAAACUAAAUCAGUAUUCUGGUAAUUGGGAUGAAGCUCCAGUACCUUCUCAUGAGUAUACUAGCGAUGAUACAAAUAAUGGUGAAGAUGGAGUAUCUGAUGAUAUUCAAACCAAAGAUUUAGAAGAUACCAAUCCUUCACAAAAUAAUAAGGAAGAGGAAGCACCCGUUGGUGACAAUUUUGCUUUACCAGGGUUUGCAUCAAACCCUGGAAAUGGAGCGGAAAACGAAUCCCGAGCAAUUAGAACUGAGCAAAACAUUCGGUUCCCAUAUGUCAAUUUAAAACCAUUCCAAAUGAAGAAUUUAAAGAAACCUAUGCUCGAUCUCCUAACAAGUAGUAAGAAAGGAAAUAAUUUGUACACCAACUUAGAUAAUUUCUUUGAUACAAAAAAUCCAGACAAAGGUGAAGCUCAAGAUGUUAGCGCGUAUGCAAUGAAUCAACCCAUAGAUCGCUAUAAUCCUGCACAACCCUAUUUACCACAGGCAUACAGUAGCAAAUCAAAGCAAACCAAUUCUUCGCCACCAAAAGCAACAGCUAGCCUUGUCCCUCCCCCGCCACCACCAGUCAAAGGAAAUAACUUCCCAUCUCCAAUAAGCUAUGAGUCAUUUCCGCCAUACGCGCCGUCUGCCCCAGGUUUUAUACAAUCGCCUUCUUUUCCUCCAUCACCCUCCCUUCCUCCAUCAUCUGCUCCAGCCCCUGCACCAGCACCAAUGCAGCCACCACCAGUAAUUUUGCCUCCUAACGAUACACCCAUCGAUACAUAUUCGGGUCCGAGCGUGGAUGACGAUGGACCUCCAGAUGUUGUAUAUCGCUAUAAUCGUCCAACUCCACCACCAACCCCACAGUUCCUACCUACUAUUGCACCUAUAAGUCCACCAUUGAAGGGAUAUUCUUAUGAUAAACCACCAAUGUCUGAUGAUGGAAUGUCAAUGGAUAACUCUCAAGAUUUUAAAGGCUACCAGUACAAUAAACCCCCGCAGUCAGCACCAAGCCCGCCGGAUACGUAUGAUUUUCCUUCAAGCCAUGAUUCCUCAGGUCCAAGUUACGGCCCUUCUGACUCUAUACCAGAUCACCACGAUUCAGACUACGCAGAUAUGCCAUUCCAAAAGAAUCCCGGCCAUGCGUACGGCGAUGACACAAAAGAUGCCGGUAUGAUGCCACCACCUGAUAAACCUGACUUGUACGGGGCGCCGCCAGAUCACGAUUUCCCCGGUGACUUCAAGUUUCCUCUCGGCUUCGAUCACCACCACCCCUACCUCGAGCACCAUGAGCAUACCACGACGACCGAAAUGCCUAGAGUUAACAGAUUCAGUUAUUAUUAUCUAGGAAAGAAAUUGUACUAUCUACCGUUAUAUUUUAGUGUCUAUUUCAUUGUUUAUGUGGGAGCUUUGAUCAUAAAAGCCGUACUUCGUCAUAAAAUUGUUUAUCCGAACAGUUGGAGGCCGAAUACCACGACCGCAACAUUUUUCUCUAAGAGGUCUAUAGAUGACUUUUUAUCGCACGACAAUAUGCAUGAAUUGACCGGACGAGUAACGCACGCGAUAGCUACCGCCGCUGAAAAAUAUAUGAAGGGCAAACGGAAGCUGGAAUAA